AUGACAGCCCCCAAAGCAAUCGCCGUCGUCAUCUGCAGCACCCGCCCUCACCGCAUCAACCCCUUCAUCGCCGGCUACGUCGCCUCCAUCAUCCAAUCCGUUCCUCAGACUACCGCCAAGGUGGAAUUACUCGAUUUGGCAACUCUAGACCUCCCGCUGUACAACGAGCCCGUCGUACCAAGCUACUUACCAGCUGAUGAUCCCACACCACACUAUCAGUAUGAACACACUCGCGCAUGGUCAGCUCUUGUCCGCAAAUACGACAGCUUCAUUUUUGUCACGCCACAAUACAACUGGUCUGUUCCGUCGAGUUUGAAGAAUGCGCUCGACUAUGUAUUCCAUGAAUGGAGCGCGAAGCCCGCUGCAAUCGUCACGUAUGGAGCCAGAGGGGGUGGUAAAGCUGAGAUUCAUUUGCGGGAGAUUUUGAAGGGUUUGAGGAUGAAUGUUGCUGAAGCAACUGUGGCAUUGAAAAUUCCCAGAGGCGAUGCCAAGGGGGUAGUGGCGGAGACAUUGAUGAAGGAGGUUUGGGAGACUGAGGGCGCAGAAGAAGAAAUCAAGUCAUUGUUUGCUGGCGUAUUGGAACUUUUCAGAAUAGAGGCAUAG